AUGGCUCUGUGUCAGAACCGCUUGCAGGAGGAGCGCAAGCAGUGGCGUCGAGAUCACCCUUUCGGCUUCUACGCGAAGCCCCAACGAAAUGCCCAGGGCAUCCUGGACCUCAAGUCAUGGGAGUGUGGCAUCCCCGGCAAGGAGAAGACGAUCUGGGAGGGUGGCUUGUUCAAGUUGACGAUGGUCUUCCCUGAUGGCAAAUUCGUCCCGCCUCUGUUCCACCCCAACGUCUACCCAUCCGGAACGGUCUGCCUGUCCAUCCUGAACGAGGACGAGGCGUGGAAGCCCGCAAUCACCAUCAAGCAGAUUCUCCUCGGCGUGCAGGACCUGCUCAACGACCCGAAUCCCGAGUCGCCGGCGCAGGCUGAAGCCUACAACCUGUUCAAGAAGGACAAGGCCGAGUACGAGAAGCGUAUCCGUAGGGUAGUGCGUGAGAACCCGGCGCCUUGA